UCUUACUUAGGCUAACGUUACAGUUCCAAGUUAAAUAAUUGCGUUAUAGUAUUGACGUAAACCUAUGAAUACAUUAAUGCUUGUAUAUAAAAACGAAACACGUUAUAGCUUCAUAGUAAUUAAUGGUAAAACAACAAGUUAAAAUUACAUUUGCUUAGCUAACUUAACGUUAAGCUAUUUCUUACCGGAUAGCUUUGAUUCUUUGGCAGCAGAAUUUUGUCCAUCGGCAAGCCCUUGCGACGAGGAUAUCUGGGCGGACUGAGUCAUUGGAUCCAUUUUACUGUAGUUUCAAAGCAACUGCACAAAUGCGGUAAAAUGUCUGUCGUCUCAAUUUAAAUGGUCGUUUGCUGUCCUUUGAAGACGUAUAUUUCGUCUGACUUUUCUCAAAUUUCCUCAAAAGCGGGACUCGGUUCCGCACCUUCACGCAACGUCCGAGCACUGACAGAUAAGCGAGACGGAGGGAAACAAGGCGGACUAUGGAGGAGGGGAAAAACAUGUCAGGCCAUCUAUCACAUAAUGGCAUCAUGAAGCCCUCUACUGGUGAAGUUUACGAAUGACAUACUAUGAACUACAUUUCCCAGCAUACAUGAGAGGAAACCGUGUGCGCAGUGCUUUAGAUCUUUAUACAUGGGGAUGGGCCUUUCGGCGUUCAACUGUGCUUGACAGCGAGCGAAGUAUCGUUAUGAGAUCUGCUUCGUGACGCAAACGUAGACCCUGGUGACACACUGCAAGUGACUUUUGGGCAGACUGAACUGCGCGGCAAAAGAAGGGGGACACAAACAAAAACAUGUGGCUGAGGCUGUGAGAAAACGGUAUUGCAGGUGAGGAGAGCAUCUGAGUUGACUGACAGUGGACAUCAUGGGUUUGCACUCAGCCCAGAAGAAACACUUUCCCCUGCGGGGGAUCGACGGUGUGGUUCAGCUGUUUGACGCUGAGCUCCGCAAGUCUGAGCCAGACCUAGCCCUUCUCUCCCUGGUCCUGGGUUUUGUCGAGCAUUUCCUAGCUGUGAACCGGGUCGUCCCCAUAAACGUCCCAGGGGUCCGGUUUGAACCGCUGGAGCCGGACUGCCCCACCUCCUGCUUCCCCACAGUGGAGCUGGGCAUGAUUUCUGCACUGUACGAGCGCUUCACGGCCCAGAUCCGCGGCGCUGUGGACCUGUCCCAGUACCGGAGGACUGCUGCAGGGUCCAGCAGGGAGCUGGUGAAGAAAGUGUCAGAUGUGAUCUGGAACAGUCUAAGCCGCUCUUACUUCAAGGACCGGGCCCACAUCCAGUCCCUCUUCAGUCUCAUCACUGGUACCAAACUGGACAGCUCCGGUGUGGCAUUCGCAGUCGUGGCAGCCUGCCAGGUUCUGGGUCUGAAGGACGUCCACCUGGCACUGUCUGAGGACCACGCCUGGGUGAUUUUCAGCAAAAACGGCGAAGAAACGGCUGAGGUCACCUGGCACGGGAAGGGUAACGAGGACCGACGAGGACAAACCGUCGCAGCGGGAGUCAGUGAGAAGAGCUGGCUGUAUCUGAAGGGCUCCUACAUGAAAUGUGACCGAAACAUGGAGGUGGCCUUCAUGGUUUGUGCCAUCAACCCCUCACUGGACCUGCAUACUGACAGCUCGGAGCUCCUGCAGCUACAACAGAAACUCCUGUGGUUGCUGUAUGAUCGAGGCGACCUGGACAGGUAUCCUAUGGCCAUGGGCACUCUGGCAGACCUCGAAGAUCAGGAUCCGAUCCCAGGCAAGGAGAGCCCCCUGAAAAUCCACCUCAAGGCUGUCAGUUCUGCUCAGCAGUACUACAACAACGAGCACAUCUACCCCUACAUGUACCUGGGUGGUUUCCAUUACAGGCACAGGGAUGUGCGGGAGGCUCUCAAGUCCUGGGCUGAGGCUGCUCAGGUCAUGCAGGACUAUAACUAUUUCCGUGAGGACGAGGAGAUCUACAAGGAGUUCUUUGACAUUGCAAACGACGUAAUCCCCAAUCUGCUGAAGGAGGCGGCUGCUGCUGCAGAGAGUCCUGGGGAGGGAGGGGAGGGAGGAGAAGGAGCUGACAAGGAGCACCCCAAGCAGGCAGCAGCCCUCUCCGCACUCCAGGACCCAGAAUGCUUUGCCCACCUGCUGUGUUUCUAUGAUGGCAUCUGCAAAUGGGAGGAGGGCAGUCCCACGCCGGUCCUUCACGUGGGCUGGGCCACCUACCUGGUCCAGUCUCUGAGCCGCUUUGAUGCUCAGGUGCGUCAGAAGGUGUCAAUCAUCACCAAAGAGCCAGAGGCCCAGGAUGACGAUGACCUGUCCAGCGACGACCCCCGGGAGGGCCGCAGACGAGGCCCCAGGAGAGAGUCCAAGCCGGAUGAGCAGAGCUCUCCUCCUCCUGCUGCUCCCACCUCCCCAUCCACCCAGCCUGCUGCAGCAGCAGCAGCACAGCCCAAGAAGGUGGGAGAGGGAGGGGGCCGCCGCCGCUCCUCGCAGGGCCUGCGAGGGGAAAACGCUGACGGAAAACCCAACUCCCCCAGCCCGGACUCUUCCCCCUCAUCCCAGCAACAGGCGUCCCCCUCCCCCGCCGGUCCUGUGGUCUCCUUUCAGAGUGAGAAGAUGAAGGGGAUGAAGGGGCUGCUGUGUGCGGCCAAGGUGAACUCCAGCGCCAUCAAGCUGCAGCUCACCGCCCAGUCACAGGUCCAGAUGAAGAGGCAGAAGAGCACACCGGCCGGGGAUUACUCCAUGUCCUUCAUGAAGCGGCAGCGCAAGUCACUCUAGACAUGUUGAAUUGUUGUAGGAGGAGUUGUUGAGACUCUUUAGGACAUACUGUGAACUGCAACACGGACAGCCGAUUAACCUCGCUUCUGUUUGUGAAACUAUUUUACCAGUAUUUUCAUCCAGUGGUUCGGUUCAGUCAAUAUCCUCAUCGUUCCUAGCAAUAUAUUUGACUUGCACACUUGAGUUAAGCAUCACAUAUCAGGUUUGAAUUGAAGGAGUGAACAUUUCAUUCUGUUUUUAUUUAACUAUAGCCAGAUUUUUCUGGGGAACUGCCUAGUUUAAUAGAUUGUUAAGCACUCAUUCAUCAUUAGUUUGUGUUUUAAUUGGCAGCCAAUUGCACACUGACUAUUAACUUCUCAUUGACUUACAUGUGGAUGUUUGAAGCCAAAGUAACGAGGACAACCAGAAUACAACGUACAGAUGUGUAAAUAUCAACUUGUACCAUUAGGAAUCUGUCCAUACUGAAGCCUUGGAAGUGAUUAAUUUAGGAUAGUUACUGUGUAACAUUGUCCACUUCUGCUCUAUCAACAGCUUCUUUCUUGCUAGCUCUAUGUUGCCUUACUUUGCCUUUGUUCUUUUCUAAAGUAGGUGGCCUUUAGUUUUAAGAAUAGCUAAGUUCGGCCUAUUUCUAAUGAUUAGAGAAGACCAGGAAGACCAUGCACUGUUGAGACGGAGCCACAUUAGGUGGCCCCGCUACAUCCUAUUUGCUUGAUGACUUGUGGUUUUUGUAUCUGCAAGUAAUAAAGACCUGAUGAAAAUAGAA